GUUUGUGUGUGUGUGAGUGUGUGUGUGUGUGUGUGGGUGUGCUCCUGUGUGUGUGUGUGGGGAGGGUGAUGCUGUUUUGAACAAUUGCUUGAUAAGAUGCCAUGGGGCAUUGUCCCGUCAGCUUCAGAUCAAUUGCUGCAUCCUGUGAACUGAGCAUGCAAGGGCUCCCGGGAGCAGUCACUACAGCUAACGAUACACUGGCACAGGCACAGGCACCAGGCUUGCACACGGCUAAAAUUAGACGCAAAUUCUCACUCAGAACGUGACAUGAAUGACUGAUCAGAGAGAGUUUGGGAAAUAUGCUAACAAAGGACCAAGAAAAGAGCACCUCCCAUUGAUAGCACAGACAUGUGGCAGUGAACAUGGGGGACUGGAACCUGCUGGGAGGCAUUCUAGAGGAAGUCCACGUUCACUCCACCAUAGUGGGCAAGAUCUGGCUGACCAUCCUCUUCAUCUUCCGCAUGCUGGUGCUUGGCGUGGCGGCGGAGGAUGUGUGGGUCGACGAGCAGAGCCAGUUCGUGUGCAACACGGAGCAGCCGGGAUGCAAGAACGUCUGCUACGACAGCGCCUUCCCCAUCUCGCUCAUCCGCUUCUGGGUCAUGCAGAUCAUCUUCGUCUCCUCGCCCUCGCUCGUCUACAUGGGCCACGCGCUCUACCGCCUGCGCUCGCUGGAGAAGGAACGCCACCGCAGGAAGGUGCAGCUGCGGGCAGAGCUGGAGGAAGUCGAGCCCCUGCUGGAGGAGCACAGGAAACUGGAGAAGGAGCUGAAGAAGCUGGAGGAGCAGAAGAGGGUGAAGAAGGCUCCUCUGCAGGGGUCCCUGUUGUGUACAUAUGUCAUUCAUAUCCUAACCCGAUCAGUGGUGGAGGUGGGCUUCAUAGUGGCUCAAUAUAUCUUAUACGGCAUUGGCCUAGAUCCCUUGUACAAGUGUGAGACUUUGCCUUGUCCCAACAUGGUGGACUGUUACGUCUCCAGGCCGACGGAGAAAACUAUCUUCAUGGUGUUCAUGAUUGUUAUUGCGUGCGUGUCGCUGUUUCUGAACCUGCUGGAGAUAUCGCACCUGGGCGUGAGGAAAAUCAAGCAGACGCUGACGGGGCUGCGACCCGCCGACGACAGCGACAGCCUGGGCAACCUGCCCCGCAAGCCCAAUCUCCAGCAGCUGUGCGUGGUCACCAACAUGUCGCCGCAGAAGAAAAACCCCAUGCUGGUGCAGACCAGCUUCUUCCCCGAGGGCCACGCCGACCCUCCCCCGCUCUAUUUGGCAGCCAUGGAUGUGUUGCCGAGUGGCGAUGCACAGAGGGACAACAGCAUCAACGAGGGCGGCGGCGGUGGUGGCCACCUCGUCUCUUGUUUUCCCCAGCAGACCCGGCAGCUGCGUCUGGCCAGCCAGGGUCGCAUCCAGGGUCUGCGCUUCCAGAUGCCUCUGGAGCAGCCACAGCUAGCGCUUCAGCACGGCAUCUCAGAGAGCCAACCCCAUCUGCAGCAACACACACAGCAACACUCUCAGUUUGCUGCUAACGAGUUUCUUGGGGAGGCUCACAGGAGGCUGUCAUGUUUGGCCCAGCAAACCCACGAGGGCCAGUACCCCGGCGGGCCCUACCAGCCCAAUCACAUGGCGGCGGCACCGGUCUCAAUGCCCCACCUGGCCACUCAUCUGGCCCAGCACCGGCCCAGCCGGGUCCUGGAACUAGAGGCUCGGCGGGAUUCGUCAGACAGCGACGUGCCGUACCCGCCGCACCCGCCGCGCAAGGCCAGCUUCAUGGCGCGGCUGCCCUCGGACAGUGACUCAUCCAACGUGUCCAGCUGCCAGACCAGCCAGAGCUCAGGGUCGGAGCUGGGCUCGCUCAACAACAUGGUCAUGAACCCGCCGCCAGGACGGAGAAUGUCAAUGAGUGUAUUCUUGGACAUUUCCUCCAUAAUGAAAAAGUGAACAGACUGACUAAGAGGACUAGAGGAUGGUGACAGGUCGUCUCCGUGCAGCAGCGAUGAAAGGAGUUAUCAGUGGCAAAGACAGUUAGACUCCAAUCUGCUCUCCUAGGAAUGCAUUGGCACUAAAGCCGACAACUUCAAGCGUUUAUUCUGGUUUUGGGUUUUUUGUUUUGUUUGUUUGUUUUGAGACACAUGUAGUGCUUUUUCUACUGAGUUUUUAUUGUAAGCACCUUAAAAAAAAUACCUGAAAGCAGAGAGAGAAAUGAAAAAAAAAACAAUCUUCCCAUUGGCGGUAGAGUGAGAGAGUGGGCGAGGAGAAGAACUUCAAAGACCUCUAGACUGAGGAGAACUGAACAAAAGCGCAGGAACUUACAAGCAUGAAAUGUGACGUAAGCCCAGAGACUUAAGAUGCGGAGGAGAGGUUCUGAACUGCUAAUGUACUUUGACUGCAACAUGUUCUUUGAUGAUUGUACUGGGGGACAGUAACAGUGGCAGAUGCACUGUACUGUCAUGGAGAAUGCAAAGCGAAAAUUCUAUUAAAAAUGCUUUUUUUUCUUUA